AUGAGUGAUAGUGAAAGUGAAUUCUCUUUGGCCGCGUUUUCGGAUGAUGAGGAAUCAUGUUCUGAAUUCGAAGAUCAUGUUGAGAUUGCAGAUUCUUCCGACAGUGAUUUUAGUGAUGACGAAAAUUCUCUUGUGCCUUCUGAAAUCAUGUCGUCAAAAAAUGGUCAAAUAAACUUUUCCAAAACCCCUCUUGUAACAAGUGCCGGAAGAGCUUCAAGAGAAAAUAUUAUCAGCUUGAUUCCUGGACUAACGCGUUACUCGUGCUCACGAAUUACCGAAAAAGAAAUUUCUACCUUUGAACUAUUUUUUCCACCUCCUUUGAUACGUACGAUAUUGGCCUACACAAACAUUGAGGGAAAACGAAUAUACGGUGAAGAAUGGCUGGAUAUUGAAAACAUCGAACUAUUUGCAUUUAUUGGAUUGGUAAUAUUAGCUGGCGUUUUUCGAUCAAAUAACGAAAGCUGUGAAAGUCUUUGGAACCCUGAAACCGGAAGACCAAUAUUCGCUGCAACUAUGCCUUUGAAGACUUUCAAAAAAAUAUCGAGAGUGAUUAGGUUCGACAACAGAGAAACUCGAAGUGAACGAAGAUCGUUGGAUAAAUUUGCUCCUAUACGUGAUUUGUGGAAUCAAUGGGUUCAGAUUUUACCUAAGCUUUACAAUCCAACGGAAAACGUGACCAUCGAUGAACAAUUAGUAGCUUUUAGAGGAAGAUGUCCAUUCCGCCAGUACAUGCCAGCAAAGCCUGCAAAGUAUGGAAUCAAAUUUUGGGUACUUCGUAAUUCAACAACCAGCUAUGUUUGGAACAUCCAACCUUACACUGGCAAGGCAAUCGGAAGAGCCCCCGAAAAAAAUCAAGGCAUGCGUGUUGUUCUUGAUUUGAUUGAAGGGCUAAAAGAACUACCACCAGACUUAGUGAACAUAAAAAGAAGACCACUAAAUUCAUCAAUCUUCGCUUUUACCGAACAAACAACUCUCGUUUCGUACAUACCUAAGAAGAAUAGAGCUGUGAUUCUACUUAGCACUCUACACCAUGAUUCAAAAAUUAGUAAUCGUCGGGAUAAAAAGCCAGAAAUAAUACUGGAGUACAAUAAAUGUAAAGGUGGUGUAGACACAUUGGGCAAAGAUGUAAGCGGUUACACUUGCAAACGAAUGACAAAACGGUGGCCUCAAUGGCUGACUGACGUACUGCCCAACAACCGCCCGACGAUGGAUCAUUACCCCAGCAGCUAA